AUGUCUUUUCCACAACAAUUCACUCUUUUAACCUCGUCAAUUCUUGAAGAGACAAUAAGUCUUAUUCAAUGCGACCUCGGUUACUACUACAUUGAGUGCCAUGAUAAAAAAUCAAUUUUACGAACUCCUGAUGUGGAGGACGCUUUGAGGAUUAGCAAUGGAAAAAAAUCGCCUCCAAAAAGUUUUAUUCUCUUCAGAAAAAGCUUUCAAAGUAGCAUUUCAGAAAUGUGCCUCAAAAUCGAAAGGGCACAAAUUUCUAAACAUGCUACAAAUAUGUGGGGAUAUAUCAAAGAAUCCCAGCCGCAUUUGUGGCACUACUUUAAGCAAGUGUCUGAAGAAGCUACGGAUCGAUAUAACAACUCGAACCUAAAAAUAUUUAUGUUCGAGUAUCGAUCAUCAGAAAAUAGACAAUCUCGUAUAAAUCCUCAUAAUCCACACGAAUAUUCGGUAAAUGAUUCUUUAUUAGAUGAAUUUACAUUUGAUUCAUCUGGAUCAGAUGAAUCUUCAUUCGAUACGUCAAGACUUGAUAGCGAAGAGGUCAAAGAUUUAAUCUUUGACCUUUACCCCGAACUUCUGUAA